AUGUCUUCAAAAACUUUAUUUACUUUGGAAGAAGAUACAAUUCUCGCAGAAUUUGUUAGCAAACAUCCAUGUUUGUCUGACUUGAGAAAUUCAUUGUACAAGGAUCAACAUGUACGAGAAAAUGUGUGGAAAGAAGUGUCAUGUAUUUUAAAAACAAAAAGUGUUGACGAUUGUAAAAAAAGAUGGCGAAAUAUGAAGGACACCUACAAUAAAAACAAAAGGAGUAGAGAAGUCGGUACAGGAUCAGCAACUAGGAAAAAGCCUUCCAAGUGGCAACUUUCAGAUAUUUUAUCUUUUCUAGAUGUAGCAACUUAA